AAGUAAAAAUAAAUAAAUCUGGUAGUUAAACUAAAGCUAACUGAACUUGAAACACACACGCGCGCACACACAUACACACAAGCACCCCUGUUUGCACUAAUAGGCGGGCGCAGGUCUCCUAUAAGAGAGCUUCCUGCCUACCUGCAGUCAGUCGGUGUUUACUAUGGAGCUGAAUGGUUUACCAGAGAAUAGCCAGAGAAAUGGGCUGGACAACCAGGCCUUCCACUCUCAGGACUCUGUCUGCAUUUACGUAGAAGUUGCUCAUCGGCCAUCAGAGGAGCUAAAGAAAAGGUUCUUGGAAAAGAGAAUGGAAGGGAUCCACCGAUAUCUGGAGGAGCACAGGACUAGGAUCAGUCUGGUGUUGGGCAUUGUCUUGGCUGCAGGUUACUUUGCCGUGGUGAUCGCGGCAUGUGUGCUGAACUUUCAGCGUGCUCUGGCCCUGUUGGUGGUGACCCUGCUGGCUGUCUUCUUUCUUCUGUGGGACUGGCUGAUGGGCCGCUACGGACAACGCCUCUGGGACGCCCUGCAACCCGCCAGGGACACCCUCAACACACACUGGCUCUGGGUCAAAUGGGUGGUGUGUGUGCUGCUGCUGGUGGCAGUGGUGUGCUGGCUGGUGUUUGACACGGCCAAACAGGGAUCGCGGCAGCUAGUCUCUUUCUCUGGACUCCUCUGCUUCGUAAUGCUCAUGCUGGUGUUCUCAAGGAACCCAUUCAGGGUGUCAUGGCGAACUUUACUGUGGGGUGUGGCGCUACAGUUCUUGUUUGGAGUCAUCAUCCUCAGAACCAAAGCAGGAUUCACCGCUGUAGACUGGCUGGGCCAUCAAGUGGAGGUGUUUUUGUCCUACGCUGACACCGGCUCUAGGUUUGUGUUCGGCGACAAAUACACAGACCACUUCUUUGCGUUCCAGGUUCUGCCUAUUGUAGUGUUCUUCAGCACUGUCAUCUCUAUGCUCUACCACCUUGGCUUCAUGCAGUGGCUCAUCCUCAAGGUGGGCUUCAUGAUGCAGAUUACUAUGGGAACUUCUCCCACAGAGUCCAUGGUUGCCGCUGGCAACAUAUUUGUGGGACAGACAGAAUCUCCACUCUUAAUUCGUCCGUACAUCUCUCAGCUGACCUUGUCAGAGAUCCAUGCCGUGAUGACAGGAGGGUUCUCCACCAUCGCUGGCAGUGUACUGGGAGCCUUCAUCUCUUUUGGGAUUGAAGCAUCCCACUUGCUGACAGCCUCCGUAAUGUCAGCCCCGGCCUCCCUGGCUAUCGCCAAAACCUUCUGGCCAGAGACAGAGAUCCCCAAAGUCACAGCCAAGAAAGGCCUCAAACUGGAGACAGGGGAGGGCAGUAACCUGCUGGAGGCAGCGUCUCGCGGAGCGUCCUCCUCUAUUGUCCUGGUGGCCAACAUCGCUGUCAACCUCAUUGCCUUCCUGGCCCUGCUCGCUUUCCUCAAUGCCGCUCUGUCAUGGCUGGGCAACAUGUUCAACUACCCCCAGCUCAGCUUCUCUAUCAUCUGCUCGUACGUAUUCAUGCCUUUCUCCUUCCUGAUGGGUGUGGCCUGGGAGGACAGCUUCAUGGUGGGCGAGCUGAUUGGCUACAAGACCUUCUUCAAUGAGUUUGUGGCCUAUGAGAGGUUGGCAAAACUCAUCAAGAGGAGAGAGGACAGAGGCCCAGAGUACGUGGAUGACGUUAAGCAGUACCUAUCGGUCCAUUCUGAAACCAUAGCGACGUAUGCUCUAUGUGGCUUCGCGAACAUCAGCUCUCUGGGUGUGAUGAUCGGAGGCCUCUCGGCUAUGGCCCCAGAGCGGAGGGGUGAUAUUUCCAGGUGUGCCAUCAGAGCUCUUAUCUCAGGCACGGUGGCAUGCUUCAUGACAGCGUGCAUCGCAGGUAUGUUGUAUAUCCCAGAGCUGCUGUGUGAAGACUUCCUGAAGGAAGAGUUCAACUCCACAUUAGUCAUUAACAGCACUCAGCUCCUCACCUGCUGUACUGAGCUCUACCACAGGUACAACCAGUGUGCAUGUUUGUUGGCGGGGGUAGGGUGACCACCAGAUUGUGCGCUACAGUAUCACAUUUUGGCCCUUUGUCCCGCGUCCCACUACCAAACAAUUAUGUCCCGCAUUUUAUCAAAUUAAAACACAAAUGUACAACAACAACAAAAUGGAUAUGUCCAGUAUUUCAGUCACUGUCUUUUUUUGCUGUCAUGACAACAUACAGAUGUGGUACUGGUGGGGUUAAACACUUCAAUUGUUGUUGAGAUCUGAUAUUCAAUGUCAUAUCUUUAACCAAUGACAUUAAUCAUAUCCUUUCGGGCUAAAUUCCAGCUGAACUUGGAGGAGAGCAGUUAACUACUUACAAAAAGCUAGCGAAAAGCUACAAAAUUAAGUGAAUGGCCCUUAUUAGACUGAAAGAAAGGCUAUAAGUUCAUUUCUUCAAACUUCAAAAGCUCUCCGUGCUCAUUAGUUGUUCAUCAUUCAACAUAGCCCUAUUCGCUGCUACUUCACUCAAUUCCGUUUUAGAAGUCUGCCUUAAUAAUAUACCCUAGAGUCGAUGUCUGCGGCCCGCAGAAAUCUAAUUAGCAUAAUCAUUUAAAAAAUCCCAGCAAAAAUCAGACUGUUCAAGCUUGAGAUGUAAUUUUUUUUGUUGCCUUCUCACAAAAUCGUCUGUAGCAUCCAGCCGGUUUGGCCCAUCGGUUGAUGGCUGUGCCACACUGCCCCUCAAAUGUCUCACGAAAUCACCCCGUUGUCCUGCGUUUGGGCCAAAGCGGUAGGCCACACCACAAAAACUCUCCUGGUUUGCCAACAGCCACAGAGAGGCCAACACGUGAUCCCCCAGGCGUUCUCCUCUGCAGGGAACCAGAGGGUUGAGAUCCUCACACAAUAUCUGAAAAAAAACAAAGAAAUAUUGGAUUCUGUCAUCUUACAGGUUUGCCCUUCACCACUGUUACACAGAGGCAAUUAGCAACUAUACAGUUGUGUAUUGUUCAUCAUGGGCUUACUGUUCACAAUGACUACAUUGUGCUUUUACAUCAUACUUUCACAUUUUUACAUUUGGAUUAUUUGCCCUUUGUGGUAACUGUUGCUAGAUAAGGGGCCUUCUGACUAAUAUAAACUCAGCAAAAAAAGACACGUCCUCUCACUGUCUAGGCGUCUCACAGUACGGACAUUGCAAUUUAUUUCCCUGGCCACAUCUGCAGUCCUCAUGCCUCCUUGCAGUAUGCCUAAGGCACAUCCACGUAGAUGAGCAGGGACCCUGGGCAUCUUUCCUUUGGUGUUUUUCGGAGUCAGUAGAAAGGCCUCUUUAGUGUCCUACGAUUUCAUAACUGUAACCUUAAUUGCCUACUGUCAGUGAGCUGUUCGUGUCUUAACAACCAUUCCACAGGUGCAUGUUCAUUAAUUGUUUAUGGUACUGAGUAAAGGGUCUGAAUACAUAUGUAAUAUUUUUUAUAUAUUUGCACAAAUUUCAAAAACUGUUUUUGCUUCGUCAUUAUGAGGUAUUGUGUGUAGAUUGAUGAGGAGAAAAAAAAGCAAUUCAAUCAAUUUUAGAUUAAGGCUGUAACGUAACAAAAUGUGGAAAGAGUCAAGGUGUCUGAAUACUUUCCAAAUGCACUGUCUGCAAAUAGGUCCAGUGUUAGUGUUUUACACCUCCAGCAGAAUAGUUACAUUUGUGUGCAUGAUAUUCAGUUUCACUGGCAUGUAGUAUGUUCUAUGGAUGGUCUUAAACUGCAGUCAUUUAUGUCUGGGAUGAUAUAAACAUGACUGGGCAUUCAAACAUAUCUGUAUCCAUUAAUUAUCAUCAGUACUGUCUUCCAGGUCUUCCUCACAUUUUUGUUUUACUUGUUGUGUGUCAUCAGGAAAAGCCUCUAUCAACCCUUGAUACAGUUUGGUAAUCAACUUGAGGUUUGUCAGACUGCCUUAAAAUAGUUUGAAGCUUCUUGCUUGCCCGGUGUUUGCUGCACAGAGAAAAUAAAGUGUUGUAUCUACAAAGAUUCACCUCAGCUCCAUCACAGACUGGUCUUCCCUGGCUGCCUGAGACCCCUGUCACCAUCUGAUCCUGCUCAGAGGAGGCAUGACAAAUAAUUACAUUGGUGUACAUUUAUACAUUAUAUUAUACAUGAAUAUAAUCAAUGGUUCAGCAAUCUAAAUAACCGUUUAUCCCAGACUGUAGCCUACCCAUCAACUCAAGAUGGAACUUUGUAUCCAUUCACUGAUUAUAAUGUACUGCAAAAUGUACCUGAGCUCUGUAGAGUGGUCUUCCCUGGCUGUCUGACCCUGCAGGAACACCGGUUACCAUCUCAUCCUGCUAAGACAUGUGCACCAUGACAGUGACGCCUGUAGAGCUGUUUAUACUGUGUAUGUGUGAAAUGUAGGGAAUUAGCUAGGGAAACUGACAGAUCACUAACGUUACAUUGCUAUACUGACUAAUAAAAACUCACAUUGAGCUGAAAAAAACAACAGAAAACAUCAGUCUUCAGUCAAUUGGCUGCUGAUUUCAUUGUUUGAUUCAGGUCUCGUGUAAUUGAGGCAAAAUUAAUACCUAACGUUAGUGAGCUAGCUAGCUAACCUUAGCUAACUUUUGACUAACUCCGCUAACUAAUGGUACCAUGAUACAUGAUCAAAUGUACUUCUGUUGAAACAGGACAAAACAAAGGCUACAAAACAUUUCCAUACACACAACAGCUGAUAGAUACUGCUACCUGACAAAUACCAAGAGGCUAGCUAGAGCUGAACUGGCUGUGGUUGCUACUAGCUAGCUAACUAGCUGCUAGUAGUUCAUUCACAUCAGUCGAGAUGGUAUGAAACAUUAACUAACGUAGUAUGUCAGUUACAGUACAAGCUGCACUUUUCUGACAAACAGCAGUUACCUUGCCAGCUAGAUUGAUCAACUAAAGAGUAGCCAGUUUCUGCUCUGCUUGCUUUACAAAUCAGAGAAAAAGCGCAACACGGACAGCAGCUGCCUCUGUUCAUCUCUCCUGUGCUUGUCCUAUAUGCCAGCCAUUCAUAUAACAUGUCUACAUACUCCGUGGUGUCUGUGCGGUCCUAAAUCCAGACGGCUGAAGGCGGAAAACAGCCUACUUGACUACUCUUAGGUGUCCACAUGGUCCUAAAGCACAUCGAAGUCAUGUUUUGUAUCACAGAGCAAUUAUAAAACUGUGUGGGGGGGGGGGUAAUGUCCCCCCGACCCCAGUGAAAGUUGCGCCCCUGGAUAGCUAGCUACAUCAUUUGAGAUUAACUUUAUUUAGGCUACUUUAAUCAAAAGACAGAGGCUGUUAAGACAUGCAAAUUCCUGAAAGGUUCCUCGGCUCAACCCGAAAAUUUAAAAUUUAACAGAAAGGGUAUAACUUCCUGCACAUAACACUCGACUCUGUGUCACACGUCAUGACCAUAGAAAGCCUUUAUUUUCUAUGGCAGAGUAGGUCAGGGUGUUAAGUCUAGUUUAAUUUUUCUAUGUGGGAUUCUAGUUUGUUUUUUCUAUGUUGGUGUUGUAGUAUGAUUCCCAAUUAGAGGCAGCUGGUUAUCGUUGUCUCUAAUUGGGGAUCAAACUUAAGUAGUAUUUUUUCCACCUGUGUGUUAUGGGAUAUUGUUUUGAGUUAUUGCACGUAGCAUCUCUGUAUUCACGGUUUGUUGUUAGUUUAUGCUUUAUUUGUUUUUUUGUCUUUGUUAAGUUUCACUUUAUAAUUCAAAUCAUUUGGAACUCAACAUACGUUGCGCCCUGGUCCGAUAUUCAUGCUAACGAACGUGACACUCUGCCAAUCAGCUGCUCACUUUCGUUGUCGAUACACCCACUAUAAUCUGUAGCCACUCUGUGACAUCGGGACGGGAUCGGGAUCUAACAAAUCAUCCGAUAUUGUGGAAGCUGCCACAAGGUCAAUUCAGAAAGUAUAGCUAAAACUAAUGGAAUGGAAUGUUUGUGUUAAAUAAAAGGAGGGCUGCGAGGUGCAAAAGGGCAUGUGCUGUGUGUGUGUGUCCAUGUACUACCAACCUUGCUAAACCUGUGUGUGUGUGUGUGUGUGUGUGUGUGUGUGUGUGUGUGUGUAGCCCUUCUAACAUGACUCUGGAAGGAAGAUUCAGUAUGGCUUCUCUCAAUGGCUGUUGCGCCAUCCUGUCCUCUCCACUCUUCAACUGCAGCCUGGUCCCCUGAGAGGCAGGAGGAGGACAGAGAAAAUAAUGGAGAGCAGAGGAUGGACAGAAAAGGAUGGAAAGAGGAGCGUGGCGAAUGGAAGCACCCUGACCUCGUUCUUGUCACAAGUCAAGUGUAAAGAUCCUGAUACAGUUUAAGUUGUCCAUUUUGAGAAAGUUUGUAAUGAAAUUACAUGACAUUUACAAUGACAUUUUUUUUCUAAAUGUAAAGAUAUUAAAGAUAUUUCAGAGCA